UCGACAAGUUCGAGUUCCACGACUACCUCAAGUAUGAGUUCAACCACUACAAGGAGUGCUCCGCAGACCACGACAAGCACAAUUUCGCGACGUACAGCUACGAUGAGCACAACGACAACCACAAGUACAAGUUCAACGACGAGCGCGACACCUACGAGUACAACAACUUCGAGUACGGCAACUACGAGCACAACUACGAGCAGAACAACCACGAGUAG